AUGUCGUCCGCUCUCGCACGUCCCCUGCUUCGGCAAUCGGGAGCUUGGGGUCGCAUGGCGGCCCGAAGGUUCGAGUCGACUACUACCGCUAAGGCUUCCGAGGCGGCUAAGGAGACGGCUAAGGAGACUGCAUCGAAAGCCUCUUCGAACGCUUCCCAAACUGCCUCGCAGUAUGCCGCAAAGGCGUCCGAAUACACAGCGAAGGCAACCGAAUACUCGGCUAAGGCAGCGCAGGGUCUCUCGAGGGUCACUUCGACGGCUGGUCCGGCCAUUGCAGGCGCCGCCAAGGGAAUUGCGAACUCGCUGGGCAAAGUUGGUGGUCGCACUGGAAGAUUAGUCGCAUUUUUUGAGAGAUCAGUACCUACGGUCGUCUACUACUCCAAGGUCGGCUCGGAACUCGCCAAGAUCGUCUUCAGGGGUCAGAAGAUGUCACCACCUUCUCUUACUACUGUCCAAAGCUACUGGCAGAACGUGUUGCAGUCCGCGAAGAACCCGACUUCUCUGCUUCAGACGGCAUCCAAGAUUGCAGAUCAACCCGCCAGUAUCAUCCAGCAAGCGAGAAAUAUCAGCAGAGCUCAGCUCAUUACUACCGGCGUUCUGGUUGCGGAAUGCGUUGGCUUUUUCACCGUCGGUGAGAUGAUCGGCCGCUUCAAGAUAAUUGGGUACCACGGUGGCUCUCACGCCGAGCACCACUAA